CCGAGAAAAACAAAAGGAAAAGAAAAGAAUCUAUACAAGAAAUCAACCAUGCAGAGCUCAAAUCCCCCUCAAAUUCCAGCAAACGAAUUUCUGACUCUCAGACGAACACUUUCCUACCUUUCUGCUGUAGUUCUUUCAAUCUGCUUCUCAAUCUGCCUCCCUCAAUCCCCAUUUCAUCUUCAGGUGCUGGCGCAGCCAUUGCGCGAUUAUCCUCGAUAUUCUGAUGCUGCUGAGCUCCCUCACAUUCCGAAGGCUUUCAGGAUGGACUAUAUGAAAAUGGAGAGGAGCUUCAAGGUCUUUGUGUACCCACAUAAGACCACCGCCUGUGAUAAAACAAGGAAGAUUGAUGGCAAGUAUGGGAGUGAAGGAUUCUUCUAUCAGAAUCUCAAUCAGAGUAGGUUCUUGACCAGAGAUCCUGAUAAAGCUAACCUUUUCCUUAUUCCCACUUCUUGUCAUUCUCUUCCUGCUAAGGGAAGAUCGGUGGAUGAAAGGGCUAUUGCUGUCCAGCAUUUUGUCAACAGCCUUAUUUCUGAGUAUCCUUAUUGGAACAGAACUUUAGGUGCUGAUCACUUCCUCAUAACCUGUGCAGACAUUCAUGUGACUGCUAGUGAACGAAUUUGGAAUCUUAUGAAGAACUCAAUUAGAGUUAUGUGCUCUCCAAGUUAUAAUGUGGAAUAUGUUCCUCAUAAGGAUGUUUCUCUCCCACAAAGUGUGCAGCCAUUUAAUGUUUCUGUCUCACAAAUCAGGCCGCCACUUUACGCUUUUAUUGCACCAACAACACAGCCAUCAACUCUUCCUGCUGCUAAAUAUAACAUGAAGAGCAGGGCUAUUCUAGGUUUCUGGAGAGGUCUUAAAGAAAAUUAUAUAAGAAAGAGUUUGGUCGAUGCCUGGGAGAAUGACUCUGAACUUGACAUAAAAGGAAUCCAAACAGAAGCUAGUACUACGGAAAUACGUCGGCUGUACCAUAAGAAGUUCUACAGCUCAAAGUUUUGCAUCUGUCCUGGAGGCCCUCAGAUCGAUGGUGCUAUAGCAGUUGCAAUUCAUUAUGGAUGCGUUCCAGUUAUCAUGUCUGAUUACUUUGAUUUACCAUUCAACGACAUUCUUGAUUGGAAGAAAUUCUCUGUAAUCCUCAAGGAGAGUGAUGUGGAUGGACUGAAGCGAAUCCUUUUAAACAUACCAGAUCAAGAAUAUCAAGCCCUGCAGACCAAUACAGUCAUGGUCCAGGAUCACUUUCAGUGGAAUCUACCUCCUGUCAGACUUGAUGCAUUUCAUAUGGUUAUGUAUGAACUUUGGCUCCGCCGUUAUGUUACCAAGUAUUAGUGAGUUGGUGAAGCUUGAUCCAUCGGAAUCACAGUUGAAAACCAGUCUGGAAGUACCAACCAUAAAGAUAAAUCUUUGCUUGUUUUUGAUCCAUUCCAUUUUUCAUGAACAUAUUUCAAUUUUCAAAUAGA